GAUGACAUCAAACUAGUUGGGGAACGCCAUGGCACAUAUUCGCUAUAAACGAUCGACAUGGUGUAUGUUUUUAGGGACCUUGCUCGUUCUCUGGUGCUCGAUUGGAUUCUUCGCUCUGUUUAACUUUGUUUGGAGAAAUCCAUCCUCUUACUCCAACGAGUUUGUACGUAACGAACUAGCGACCUCCUUCCGUGGAAAACAAUACAUAUUGGAACAAAUGCAAGAAGUACACGGCAAAGAAAUGAAAACAUUGAUCGACAGGUACCCGUGGCUGUACAGAAAAAACUUUGUGCCAAACCACUACACGAAGCGAGAGUGGGUGGAGACUGCGCAGACGCCCGUCUCGGACGAUAGUAAUUUUACGAUAGUGUUCGUGCAUAAUCAGAAGUCGGGAGGGACCAGCAUUAAAGAAUGUAUUGAUAAGAUUACUACCAGAAUGUCGUUUCCUUCUUAUGUCGGAAUAUAUGAUGACAUCAGGCCAAAAAGGACUAUAUCCGACAUGAUAGGGAGGGUAGAAACGAUGGCCAAAUCGAACCACCCUAAAAUGCCCAAGUUCUUUGUGAGUGAAAAUACGUUCGGUCUGUGCGAUGUUUUGGAUGAUCGCCCUUGUUCAUACUUCACCUUGAUGAGGGAUCCUUACGACAGAAUCGUAUCGUCCUAUCAGUUCUGUAAAUACCAGCUUGACGACCCGCUGUGUUGCGCCACGGACGCUAGGUUCUUGAGUAUUAAAGAGUGGGCUUUACACCAGGGAAGUUAUUUCUUCCGGCAGCUGCAAUUUAACACCAUAGAUAUUUGCUCACCGGAGGCUUACAGAGAACUGAUCAGACCAAGAAUGGAUCGCGUGAACUACAAAGGUCGGGACGCCAAUAAGCCGCCGUGUUGGUACAAACACAAGGUGUUAUUAGAAAGCAUGGAUGAGGCUGACCAGAAAAUAAUUUUAGAGUACAUUCUAGCGAAUUUGGAAACAUGGUUCAGCGUAGUCGGAGUCACGGAACAUUUCGACGAAUUUUUGAGGUUACUCGAACACACUUAUGGUCUGCCGUUUCACAAGGAAUGUUCGGGCCACUUGGCGAUGAAAACUGAGUAUUCGACGUGGUUGCAGGGGAGGAUGAGAAGCGAUUUGAUGGCAGCCCGGAAGAAGGAGCUGAUGGAAGAUAAAGAGAUACAGCGCGCAUUGUACUAUGAUGUGAAAAUUUACGAAAAACUUCAAGAAAUAUAUCAAGCUCAAAAAGAACAUUUAGAAAAACUUGGAGAGUGGAAAUAA